GACGUGAUAGUCUCAGCUGCACCGUGAAGGGGGCCGUCCCUGUUGGUGGAGAUCAGCCCGAGGAAGGCCCACCUAGUGAUCAUUUGAAAUUAUCUCCCAUUUAGACGAUAGUGUGACGCGACUGUGCGGCUGAAUCAUAAGGGGAUACGUUGAAACCGAAUUGUAAAUAGGUAAGGACUCUUUUUUCCAUCGCAUUCCUUUCUUAUCGUUAUUUGGAAACAUAUAGAGGUCACCACCAUUUGAGGACCAUGCAUGUGAGCGUCGUCAUUGGCAGGCACUGGUUUGCACCGUGCCUAAAAUAACUUAAAGCUCUUGACCAACAUUCUGUAUAUUUCUCUUGCUUUCCGAAUCAGAUUAUUAUCGAUUUGUGUCUGGGAGAUAAUGUAAAGGCAAAGAAAUGCAUGCACAGAUGCAAGCUUGAGAAAUUAUCUACAUCGUGAAGUGGUACAUGUAGUAAUUUAACACUUGACCUGCAUCAUCCAGGAUGGGACUGACGGAUGAGUGUCUGGUGCGAGAAUUUAAUUCGAGCCGUUAGUCUGCAGCCUUGUCUGUUUUUAUUCUGAUGUUUCCCUAUUGUGAUCGGACAAAAAAAAAAACACAUCCAAACUAUUCUACGUUAAAACCGUGACGCGUGCAAAUAUCAUAGUGUAGAUCGUGCUUCCCUUCCCCCAGCAACGUUGUGUAGCUCUUUGCGAUACAUGCCACCUUCCAGUAUAAGAUGCUGUACAGACCGUUAAAAAGGCCUGCGCCUUUUUUCCCAUGGGCAGCCCUGUCAUCUCGCCGCCAUCGAGAGUAGCAUUACAGGGGAGCAAUAAUUAAUGAGCGCUUCCACAAUUAACCAUUUCAUUGAAAUGAUUUUGCCUUUGAAUAUUUCAUGCUUUGAGGAGGAUGUGAAAAGGGGGUUGAAUGCAUGAGUGAACAAGGGUUUUUACUACAGCUUGAUGGCUGGACUGCAGCUGGCAGGAUCUACCACAUGAGGCGGUGCUGCCUUUUUUGACUAAUGGAGGAUCUUAUAAUAUACUACAGAAAUCCAUAGAACUUUGUAGAAAAACUCGAGAAUACAAUAGGGCAACUGCUUAUUAAGAAUAAGAGAUAUUAGAUGUCACACAUGCAUAUCAUUAAGAUCAAAUGCACCUGUACACAGUGACAGCAGUGAUGGUGACUGACAGCAGGUAUGGUCCAUCUCUCCACAGCAGCUCGGCCAAGAUGGAUGUGUUUAUGAAGGGUUUGUCUAGAGCGAAAGAGGGGAUGGCUGUGGCCGCAGAGAAGACCAAGGAAGGAGUUGCUGUUGCGGCUGAAAAGACUAAAGAAGGGGUUAUGUUUGUAGGUAACAAGGCCAAAGACAGCGUGGGCACAGUGGCUGAGAGGACCACUGGAGCAGUUGGGAACAUUGUUGCUGCCACCGGCCUGGGGAAAAAGGACGAGUUCCCUACUGACAUGAAUCCUGAGGAGUAUGGGCAGGAGGCCAUGGAGGGCCAGGGAGAGGCAAUGCUGGAGCCAGAAGGGGAGACAUAUGAUGAGACCCAGCAGGAGAGCCAGGACUACGAGCCAGAAGCAUAAAAGCAUCAGUCCAAGCCACCAUCCAACCAGCAGCACAAUAAUAUUUCUAAAGAUAAAAAGGACAAAAGCUGAAACUAUUACAAUUAUACUCCCGUUGCAAAAAAACAACAAAAAAGAGAAGCAUUCCCACUGAAAAAUGUUCUUCCUUCAAGACAAAUCUUUUAUUAUAUAUUGUAAAUGUCAUGUUAUUAAUGUAAUGUGUCGGGUGUAGGUAUUUAUUAAGAUGUAAGAUUUGUCCUCUCUGUCUCAUUUCCUUGAUUCCCUCCCAAUGAAAUGAGACCAGAGCCAGGGCUUGUGACUUUGUGCUUGUGUGUAUCUGUAUUUAGAAACGUGCAAUAGAUGUUCAUCAUCUUCCAAUGAGACAUUGGGAGUGGAAAAAAAUAAAUAUGUCCGGUUGCAAGCAGAUAUGAAAACAGUAA